AAGUACUUCCGCACAUGUGACCUACUGUCAUGGAAGCCCCCGUGCGCACAUCUGCGGCGUAAAAUCAGUCGCCUUUUCCUUUCUGUCGUACUUUAUCUUAUUUCCUCUUUCAUACAAAUUGAGCCAUGAGGCGUUUACUACAGCUUGGACGUUCCUUUUCUUGCUGCCGCGCACGUCUGUGCCACCAGAGCGUGUACAAAAGUCACGCCAAUGUACGAAGUGUGGGAGUGGAUCUCGGAGACAAAAAACUGGAGAUUUCCUCUGGGAGGCUGGCCAAGUUUGCUGAUGGCUCUGCUGUUGUCCAGCUGGGUGACACCUCUGUGAUGGUGACGGCUGUGAGCAAAACCAAACCAUCUCCCUCUCAGUUCAUGCCUCUGGUGGUAGACUACAGACAGAAAGCGGCGGCCGCCGGCAGGAUCCCCACCAACUAUUUGAGGCGAGAGUUGGGCACCACCGACCACGAGAUUCUCACCAGCAGACUCAUAGACAGGUCCAUUCGACCUCUUUUCCCAAGCGGUUACUUUUACGACACUCAGAUUCUGUGUAACUUGCUGGCCGUGGAUGGCGUCAAUGAUCCAGACGUGCUGGCUAUUAACGCAGCCUCAGCUGCUCUCGCUCUCUCGGACAUCCCUUGGAACGGACCCAUAGGUGCUGUGCGUAUGGGAUUGGUGGAGGGCGAGCUACUGGUCAACCCCACUCGAGCGCAGAUGGCAACCAGCACGCUCAACAUGAUCGUGGCAGGGGCCCCCAGCAGUCAAGUGGUGAUGAUCGAGGCGUCGGCCGAGAACGUUCUGCAGCAGGAUUUCUGUCACGCCGUCAAGGUGGGCGUCAAGCACGCGCAGCAGAUCAUCCUGGCCAUCCAGCAACUGGCGCGGGAGCUUAAAGUCACCAAGCGCACGCUGCCCAAGAUGUUCUCGGCACCUGCAGAAAUGGUGGCGCACGUGCAACAAUCCGCCACCGAUAAGAUCUACGCUGUUUUCACUGAUUACGCACAUGAUAAGAUUUCAAGAGACGACGCCAUCAACAAGAUUCGCCUGGAAACCGAGGAGCACCUCAAAGAGAAAUUUCCUCAAGCCGAACCUUUUGAACUCAUUGAGUCCUUCAACACUGUGAGCAGGGACAUCUUUCGGAAUUUAGUGCUCAACGAAUACAGGAGGUCCACAUUUACAAUUGAUUAUAUUUUUAUGAUCUAUGCAUACGACGCCAUCAACAAGAUUCGCCUGGAAACCGAGGAGCACCUCAAAGGUAGACGGUGCUCGCUGUUCGACGCCAUCAACAAGAUUCGCCUGGAAACCGAGGAACACCUCAAAGAGAAAUUUCCUCAAGCCGAACCUUUUGAACUCAUUGAGUCCUUCAACACUGUGAGCAGGGACAUCUUUCGGAAUUUAGUGCUCAACGAAUACAGGAGUUUGCAAUGCAGCGAGUCAUCAAUGCAGUGGUUUUCAUUUCAGUUCCCGCCCUACGCCACCAACGAGAUCGGCAAGAUGGGCGGUCUCAACAGGAGAGAGCUCGGACACGGGGCCCUGGCCGAGAAAGCGCUGCGGCCUGUCAUCCCUAAAGACUUCCCUUUCACCAUCAGGGUCACGGCUGAGGUGUUGGAGUCAAACGGGUCUUCAUCCAUGGCCUCGGCAUGUGGAGGCAGCCUGGCGCUCAUGGAUGCAGGGGUUCCCAUCUCGGCGGCAGUGGCCGGCGUGGCCGUGGGCCUCAUCUCCAAAUCCAACCCCGACAAGCCCUCCGAGAUCCAAGACUACAGACUGCCCACUUUUUUGUUUACCUUCCAGGCGGAUGUGAAGAUUCCCGGUGUGCCGCUCAAGCUGGUCAUGGAGGCCAUCCAGCAGGCCACAGUCGCAAAGCGUGAGAUCUUGGGCAUCAUGAACACCACUCUGGCAAAACCCAGGACGAGCAGGAAGGAGAACGGGCCGGUUGUGGAGAACGUGCGUGUGCCCGUGUCGAGACGGGCUCGCUUCGUGGGCCCGGGGGGAUACAACCUCCGCCGGUUACAAGCUAAGACGGGCGUGACCAUCAGUCAGGUGGACGAGGAGACCUUCUCCGUUUUUGCUCCCACGCCGGGAGCGCUGAACGAGGCGCAGGACUUCAUCAGUGAGGUCUGCAGAGAUGAUCAAGAGCAGCAGCUGGAGUUUGGCGCCAUUUACACUGCCACCAUCACUGAAAUAAGGGACAUUGGCGUCAUGGUGAAGCUCUAUCCCAACAUGAGCGCCGUCCUGCUGCACAACUCCCAGUUGGACCACAAACGAAUCAAACAUCCAAGUGCUUUGGGGUUAGAAGUGGGCCAGCAGAUUCAGGUGAAGUAUUUCGGACGGGACCCCACGGACGGCAGGAUGCGCCUCUCUCGCAAAGUGCUGCAGUCACCAGCCGCAUCCGUGGUCAAGACGCUGAGCGAGAAGCAGAGCAUCUCCAUGGCGACGGCCGCAAACAGCGCAGGCAACGUCGAACCGUGAACAAGGCGAAACACGCCAAGAGAAAACACAAUCGCUGGAUGUGACACUUGGAUGCACCACCGUGGAAAGUUGGACACGUGCUCUCUUUGCUGUGGCAAAGAAGGAACGUGAUGAAGAAAACAACAGUGGUGUAAAACAUCACUACUCUAUUGUAAUAUGACAAGUAAAAUGUGUCUCAAUCGCAAUAUAUGUGAGGGAGGUCUUUGUAAAUAAAGUUUUAGAAUGGCUCUGUACAGUGAACAUGUCAAACAGUAAUUAUCGGGCUCACUCUCAAGAAGCUAAAUCUAAAUAAAUCUGGAUGGCAAUGCCAUUCAUUCCUUCAGCUUUCCCCAAAA